AUGUCCGCGAUAGAAAAGAGGACUUCUGCCCGCAGUGCUGCGAUGGCGACUGCCGAGUCAGCACCUACCAUCGGAGCCGGUGCAGCACUGAGCGCGGCCAAAACCACCAGCAGGGAAGUGCUGGCUCCUGGUGUUGAGAGACUAUCGUUGUUUAACCCCAAAGAGAUCCAUGAGCGCAUUCCGAACAGCGAGCCGGAUGCCGUCCUUCUGCGCCUGCGCAAGCUACAGACUGAGCUGGAUCGUGCGCUGAACGCGCGCACCAUGGCAUUCAUUUCACCCACCCGCGACAAGGCCCAUGCAACACCGCCGCAGAUUGUCGUGAAGUGGGUUGACUACACGAACAAGUUUGGUCUCGGUUAUAUCUUGAACGACGGCAGCAUCGGCUGCAUCCUGCGCUCGAUCCCGGUCGAGUCCUCCAACACGGCAAUCGAGGGCAACAAGGACUCUGGCCACCUGCCGCCAGCGUGCCUUUUGAUACACGGAGCAGAGCGCCACAUACUGCGCCGCGAAGAUCCUAGCUACGCCGACCGUUACCAGAUUGUGCCCAUGGCAUCGUCCGGAAACGAUGGCAUCUACUUUUACGAAAACAACGGCGAGCAGGGGCUUGAGCGUGUCCGUGUUGACCCGCAGCGUUUCCGUGUCGCAGUCAAUCCGCACACUGGCGUUGCUGGCAAGCUGUCUGCUGGCAAAGAUGUGUACGAUCACCGCAAACGGGAGUGCAUCGUUCUUUGGAAAAAAUUUGCCAACUACAUGCUGGCAUACGGCCGCGAACUGGACGGAGGCAUUGAUGAGCGGGCCAACGACCACACCCGAAAAACAGCAGCAACAGCAGCUGUCGACAAUUCUGUCGUCCCUAGCGACGUUGUCACCUUUUACCAGCGAUUCGGUGAUGUUGGCUGUUGGGUCUUUUGCGACGGUCAUCUGCAAUUCAACUUCCCCGACCACACCAAGGUCGUGCUAGAUGCUGCAGGCGUGUGGUGCCACUUUUGGCACCUCCCUGCGGAGGCAGCUCAGCGUAUGGCAGCCACGGGACUCUUGGAGGAGGUCGCCCUCGACGAGCGCAGCGUGCUCUCGUACCCGCUGCAGACACUGCUCAACUUUGGUGUCGGCAGCUCCGGUUCCAGCUCAGCGGCUUCUCUGUCUGGAGGCGCUCCCACAUCGAGCAGUCGUCGCCGGCCCGUGAUCCGCCCCGAAAUUCAGGGCAUCCCUGCGGCGAACGACUUCCGCCGCAAGGUUGAGUUUGUUCGCAGCGUGGUGCGCGAGUGGGUCAACAACGGCGGCAUGGGCAACAGCGACAUGAGCCGUGCGCGCCGUCUGCGGUGGACGGGCACCCGUGAGACUCUCAAGCAGGUUCCUGGCACAACAACGCCCACUGCAAUUCCGGCCGCCAAGCAUGUAUGGGUGACCAUUGGUGCGCGGCAAGGCGACGUCCGCUUGUCCGCCAUGGUUGAUCCCCGCCGGCCCAACGAAAUUGGGCCUGAUUUGGAGGAGAAGCGGUAA